CUUCGGUUAUUUCGAACAUGAGUAACCUCAGUGAACCCUAGCGUAACAGAUUCGACCCUGGCAGCCAAUGAGAGCUUAGUCCAAUUGUCAGAAACAAGUCCAUAUUUUCUCUCCCUCUUCUUUCGUAUCGAAUUUAGACACUGAAAAAUUCAAGUCAAGACAAAAAAUCUCCAAGACAAAAGCAGCCGUACAGUCCAACCCCAGAGCUCCACCACACCGCCGCCGCCACCACCACCACCAGAACUCUCUCCCUCUCUUUCCCCUCCGGUCUCCAACAACACCAAAAAGCACCACCGAAUCUCCCACUUUUCCCAGAUUCUAAAAUUUGGAAGAGAAAAAGAAAACGAAAAGCAGUGCUUGUUUUGUUCUUUAAUGGAGCCGCCGGAGGAUAAGAGAACACCGUUGGAUUCGGCGGAGGAGGUAAUCCUUCGGUGGGACUCAACUGCGUCGGAGGAAGCGAGAGAGAGAAUGAUAUUCGAAUCUGAUCGCGACGAGGUCGAUCGCUACUUGCAGGCCGUGGAUGAAAUCCAACAGUCACUAUCGUCGGCGUCUCUCUCAGGCGACGAGCAGCAGAGCGGCAACGAGGCCAACUCGACUAUCCAGAUCGCCAUGGCUCGGCUUGAGGACGAGUUCCGCAACAUCCUCCUGAACUACACCUCUCCGAUCGAGCCAGACUCCUUACACUCCACCGCCACUUCCGCCGAUCCCGGCUCCUCCAGUAUCUCCUCUACUGGCGCUCCCUCUGCAGAGCUCGACGACCUCGACUACGACCAUCUGAGCGAGGAAGAUCUCGCGGCCAGCAGCGGCAGAUCGAGCUACCGGUCCACGAGCAGCAUCCGCGAGAUCGAUCUGGUGCCUUCGGACGCGGUCCUUGACCUCCGGAGUAUCGCCGAGCGGAUGGUCUCCGCCGGUUACCUCCGCGAGUGCAUUCAGGUGUACGGCAGCGUCCGGAAAUUGGCCGUUGACUCGAGUUUCCGGAGGCUGGGGAUCGAGAAGCUGAGUAUCGGCGACGUGCAGAGGUUGGAGUGGGAGCAGCUGGAAGCGAAGAUCCGACGGUGGAUACGCGCUGCGAAGGUCUGCGUUAGGGUUGUGUUCGCGAGCGAGAAGAAGCUCUGCGAGGAGAUAUUCGAAGGGAUUGGAAAUGCUGUGGAUGACGCGUGCUUCAUGGAGACUGUGAAGGGCCCGGCGAUCCAGCUCUUUAACUUCGCCGAAGCGAUCAGCAUAAGCCGGCGAUCCCCCGAGAAGCUGUUCAAGAUCCUCGACCUCCACGACGGGUUGAUGGAUUUGAUUCCAGACAUCGACGUCGUGUUCGAGUCCAAAUCGUCCGAGUCGAUUCGAGUUCAAGCGGCGGAGAUUUUGUCUCGGCUGGCGGAGGCGGCGAGGGGGAUCCUAUCGGAGUUCGAGAACGCGGUGCUUCGGGAGCCGUCGAGGAUUCCGGUCCCGGGAGGGACGAUUCACCCGCUGACGAGGUAUGUGAUGAAUUACAUAAGCUUGAUUUCGGAUUACAAGCAGACUUUGAAUGAGCUUAUCGUGUCGAAACCGUCUACCGGGACGAGGUAUUCGGGUGAUCCGACGACUCCGGAUAUGGAGUUUGCGGAGCUGGAGGGGAAGACUCCUCUGGCGCUCCAUUUGAUUUGGGUGACUGUGAUUUUGCAAUUCAAUUUAGAGGGCAAGUCGAAGCACUACAAGGAUCCUUCUUUGGCCCAUUUGUUUAUGAUGAACAAUGUGCACUACAUUGUUGAGAAGGUGAAAGGGUCGCCGGAACUGAGAGAAAUGAUAGGAGACGAUUACCUGAAGAAGCUAACGGGGAAGUUGAGGCAGGCGGCGACGAAUUAUCUGAGGGCUACUUGGGUGAAGGUGUUGUAUAGUCUGAGAGAUGAGGGGUUACAUGUGAGUGGGAAUUUUUCGUCUGGGGUCUCCAAGAAUGCUUUGAGAGAGAGGUUUAAGUCGUUCAAUGCCAUGUUUGAGGAGGUUCACAGGACUCAGGCCACGUGGUUGAUACCCGAUGUUCAGGUCAGGGAGGAGCUGCGGAUAUCCAUAUCCGAGAAGUUGAUCCCGGCUUAUAGGUCGUUUCUUGGGCGGUUCAGGAGCCAUAUAGAGAGCGGAAAGCACCCAGAGAAUUACAUCAAGUACUCGGUCGAGGAUUUGGAGACCGCUGUCUUGGAUUUCUUCGAGGGUUAUCCUGUCUCCCAGCACUUGAGGAGGAGAUUUCAGUGAGGGAUUGAAGUUGAGUUUUGUGAGUUAGAAAACUAGGACUCAAAAUUCUUUUAAUUUUUUGUGGAGUAUUUGGGUGAUGUGCUGCUGCUGGUCAAUAUGGGAUUUCCUGAGCUCUCUGAUUCUUUCAGAUUUUCAUCAUUCAAUAUACUGUGGGUUGGACAAGAUCAACUUCUUUGAGAAGAUCAGGUAACUCUCCCGAGAAUAGCCAAGUCCCUCAGCCUGAAUGCUUCUGCCCUGCUUCGAAUGACUUCUAUUCCAUGUAAUGUUUCCAGCCUUGAUGAGUCGAAUUAUCGAAAGUGGAGUAUUAGAUGAGCUUCGACAAUCUAAUAGAAAACCUAAUACAGAAUUGCUUAAGAAGUUAAGAUGUUUACUUUGUAAAAUCACAUGUAUGACUAUGAGUUCUAAUUUGGUAGAAGUUGGUAAUCCCGGCAACUAUUUAUCUUGUUGCUUGGUCUGUUCACUUGUCUCCUUCCAAGCUGAAUCCCUCUGUAACUAGUAUUGAGAUACUUGUGAAUAAUCAAUUUUUUAUUUUUAUUUUUUUA